AUGCACUUGACUCCAUUGUUCAAUGGGGGGAGACCUACUCUCUCGGCGUGAACGGGAAAAAGACAAUGGACAUGGUUAUAAGCGCAAGAAAGGAGGCAAACAUUCCUGUCCCUCCCCAUCCAACUAUAUCCGGUCACGUGAUCCAGAGGACUACGUCUUUCAAACUCCUUGGAGUUUACAUCACUGCUAAUCUUACCUGGGACACUCACGUUCACUACAUGCUGGCAAAAUCUCGACCACGUGUAUAUUACCUUACUGCUGCUAAGAAGGCCGGGCUCCCUACUGAUGCGUUAAUUCAGAUCUACCUGACAUUUAUUCGCCCUCUGUUGGAGUAUGCCAGCCCUGUGUGGGGAGGACUCCCAAAAUACCUUGCCAACAUGCUGGAAUCUGUCCAGAAACGUUGUUUGAGAAUCAUUGGAGUUCCUACUGACUCUCUGCCCUCGCUGUCAAGUAGACGCGACGCUGCUACAUUGAGAACAUUACGCAACACAAUCCGGGACAGUAGCUCGCCUCUGAAUGAGUUCAUCACCCCACCCCAGGAUAACUGUUACAACCUCCGUCGUGAAGGUCGUUACAAGCCAAUGACUAACAGUAAAACCAAGAGACAUGAACUUUCCUUUAUACCCAGAUCUCUGAAACUACUGUAUCAGGCUGACUGCUAACACGACCAUGAUUUACUGUAUUGCUUAACUGUGU